UCACGUGACCAGUCGAUGCGGAAGUUUUGAUGACGAAACUCCGUGCAGCAGAUUUGUGUUUAUGGCAGAUGCAGAGAGAUUUUCCUGCUUUAACUGUUCGGAUCUCUGCGCUGUAAAUGGUCAGGAUGACUCAGAAGUUUCACUUAGAGGGGCAGGUGUACUCUGUCCCACUGAUACAGCAGGACCUGAGGAGGGAAGAGGCUGUGCACCAGAUCACUGAUGCUCUGCAGUACCUGGAAAACAUCUCAACAGACAUCUUCACCAGGGUGUCGCAGAGUGUGGAAAAGAACCGCACUUACCUCCAGGCUGUCACAGACCGUAUCAAACUGGCUCAAGCUCGAGUCCACAAGAUCAAAGGAAGCAAGAAAGCCACCAAGGUCUUUUCCAGUGCUAAGUACCCUGCUCCAGAGAAACUAGAAGACUACUCAUCCAUCUUCAUGGGUGCUGCUGAUCCGGCGUCCCAAAAACGACCUCGCUACAAGGUUCAGGGCAAGCUCCGCCCUCUGGAUGACAAGGCCUUGCAGGAGAAGCUGAUGUAUUUUCCAGUAUUUGUAAACACUAAGAAGCGCUCUGAAGAUGAAACGGAGGAGGGGCUGGGCAGCCUGCCCAGAAACAUCAGCUCAGUCAGCUCCCUACUGCUGUUUAACACUACCGAGAACCUGUAUAAGAAGUAUGUGUUCCUGGAUCCUCUGGCAGGGGCUGUCACUAAAACUCACACCACGCUAGAGACGGAGAAAGAGGAAAAGCCAUUUGAUGCUCCACUCUCUAUCACUAAGCGAGAGCAACUGGAGAGACAGACUGCAGAGAAUUAUUUUUAUGUGCCAGACCUGGGCCAGGUGCCAGAGAUCGAUGUGCCCUCUUACCUACCUGACCUGCCUGGCAUCGCAGAUGACCUCAUGUACAGUGCUGAUCUUGGUCCAGGGUUUGCUCCCUCUGUUCCUGCCAAUGCAGCCAUCCCUGAGCUGCCCUCAUUUGGUACAGAUCAUGAAGAACCCAACGGAUCUGGCUCCCAGUUUAGACAUGAAGCUCCUCCCCCUCCUCCUCCGCCUCCUCCUCCUCCUCCCGAGCCUGCUCAUGUUCCAGCACCUCCUCCUGGAGCUCCUCCAGCUCCACCCCCUCCUCCCCCACCUCCUCCUGAUGUAACAGAUGGCGCAGGAGGUGGAGAUGCAUCCAGUCAAGCCCAGCCCACAGGUGCAGUGAAAGGUGCGCCUACAGAAGUGUUGCAGCCAUCAGAUGGGCGAGCUAGCUUGCUUGAGUCCAUUCGUAAUGCUGGUGGCAUCGGCAAAGCCAAACUCCGGAAUGUUAAAGAACGCAAGAUGGAGAAGAAGAAACAGAAGGAGCAAGAGCAAGUUGGUGCUGCAGCCAGUGGUGGAGACUUCAUGUCUGACCUCUUUAAUAAAUUGGCCAUGCGUAGGAAAGGAAUCUCAGGUAAAGGUCCAGGGGGCGGAGAUUCCACAGAAGCACCAGCCAGUUCUGGCAGCGCAUUUGCCAGGAUGUCGGACGUGAUUCCACCCCUUCCUGCACCACAGCAGCCAACUGCAGAUGACGAAGAUGACUGGGAAGCAUAGUCAAAAGACGGUGACUUCACUGAUCUGUGCUGACUGGAUAUCGGAUGAAGACGAACAGUUCUGAAUGUAGUUUUUUUAAGAACUGAACCCAGUGUUUGAAGUUCUGAAGUAGCACUUGAAGUUGGCUAAGCUUUUCUAGCAGUUUGGAAAUGUGAAAAAAUCAUAUUUCAUCAUGACGCACUGUUGUGCCUGUGGUGUUUGAUGGAGAGAGAUUGAGAAAAAGACGUUAAAAAGGAGGCUACACAUAGACAGCAGGCUGUCACCUAAAUCAAAGUUCAAUGCUCAGUAUGCCCAUUUUCUUAACCUAAUCACAUUUUGUGUUGUCUAUCAACUUAUGUUUUGCUUAAAAAAAAAAAGAGUGUACAAGAUCAGAAUUGAAAAAGAUCAGAUUACAUUUUAGUUUUGAAAAUAUGUGGCUGUCCUCAUUUAGCCUUAAAGUCUGGGGCCUCAUUUUAGCAAAAAUUCACAACUCUUUCACUGAAAUGUGACAUGUGUAAGCAAACUUGGGAUUUACUGGUUUGAAAUAUGCCUCACACUCAGUGAUAAUCAGCCUGACUAAAGCUGUGUACACUAGAAGUGCUUAGAGGCAGUAAUUUAACCAUCCCUAAAAUCUUCAGAUAAGGGAGCAUAAUGAUGGAAUAUUCAUAGAUGAAAACUUGUUCACUCACUUACUUGAUGAGGGAUGAAGAAAUCCUAGUCGUGACAUACAGUAUAAUGACUCUCAUUUAAUACAAACAUUGCUCAAAUUA